AUGACUAUAAAAUCCCCGAAAAGCCCGAGAAUCCAAGUACUGCACGCGAAAUCCGGCUAUGACGCCGCUGUCUACAAACAAUUUGAAGAUGCCAAAGUGAAGAAUAUGUUCGAUUCGGAUCCGUCGAUUUUUGAUUCUUUAGAGCUGUUAGCCGCGUUUUUUGAGCUCACAAUACAUGUUUGUAAUAAUACACUUGCCGACAAGGAAUUAAUCGCAGACUUGCAAGCUGCGAAAAUUGAUCUCGCUUUCCACCAUCAUAUGGAUUUUUGUCAAAUGUCGCUAAUACACCAUGUUGGGAUUAAAAAAUGGAUCUACUUCUCUAGUCUACCUCCCUAUCCCUCGUUGCUCAACUCGGUGGGCGAAAUCGUGCCGACGAGUGUGUCGCCGUCCUAUGCCCUACAACACGGCAACCAAAUGUCGUUCCUGAAACGAGCGCAGAAUUUCAUCUACGAGACGCUGAACGCCUAUUUUCGAUUGGUCAAGCAGGCGAGAGCCCAAACCGAGCUGGCCAGGCGCCAUCUAGGCCGUGAUGUUCCGGAUCUGGAGUAUUUUCCGAAGAAUGCGAAUCUGAUGAUGCUCAGCACUGAUGCUGUGCUCGAAUUCCCGAUUCCCACUACUCAAAAAGUCGUGCAUCUAGGCGGAUUUGCGGCCGCAAAUUCUGUGGGUGCUCUAAACGAGAAAUUCUCUACCUUUAUCGCCAAAUCCUCAAAAGUUGCUGUGGUUUCAUUUGGUUCAUGGGCCGUUACAGAAAGGAUGCCGUCAGCUUGGAAGGAAGCGCUUUUGAAUUUGUUUAGAGCUCACCCAGAUACGCAUUUUAUUUGGAGCUGUGAGGAGGAAAUUGAGGUCCCCGAAAAUGUCCUCCGCACGAACUGGAUCCCUCAAGCCGCCCUAUUGGCCAAUCCAAAAACUAAAAUAUUUAUUACUCAUGCUGGUUAUAACAGCUUAAUGGAAGCAGUACAAUUUGGAGUGCCAACAAUUUCAGUACCGCUCUUCAGUUUCGGGGAUCAAGUCAGAAAUGCGCAUCUUUUUGAGCAACACGGUGUGUCGAUUCGGAUCGAAAAACGCGAAUUCACUACGGAAAAACUUCAGGGAGCUUACAAGGAAAUUUUAGAGAAUCUUAGUUUCGAAAAACGGUCCGAAGAACUGAAGCGCAUAAUCAAGAAGCGUCCAUCGACAGCUGAGCAAGAGCUGAACUAUUGGGUCGACGUCGUGCUCAACACAGAAAUUGACCUCAACCUCCCGAAUCUUUCAGCCUUUGAAUUCUAUUCACUCGAUAUUAUGUUGUUCUUUGUAGCUCUGAUCUUUGCCUUUUUCCUCUUCAUCCGAGCACUCGGUUUCUGGUAUUACUGGUCGUGCUAUGAGAUGGCUUACAAACAAAAGGUGAAGCUGCAA